CAGACAGUUUUGUUCACAUUUGGCACGAAAAACUGGCAUUGGUUAUGGAUAUGGAUCCAGGUGAAGGUACUUCGGAUGGUCGUGUAAGGCGUAAAGCAAACAAAAUCGAAGUGGAAAUCAAACAAGAGCCAGACAUCAAGGAGGAACCAUCGGAAGGCAAUGAAUUUGGUUUGGUGACAGGAUGGAAUGAAAGAUUUGCAUCAGACGCAACGACUGCGACAUCGAACGUUGAAUUGGUGGACGAGUCAGAGAAUGACUUUGAUUCAAAUGAUGUGAAAGAGGAAGUAAAGUGUGAAGAAGAGAAGCCAGAUAAAAGGAAAGAUUCAUCAGCUAAUCCAGAGUCGAGUGAAAAUGUUUCAAAUGCUCGUGGUGAUCAAAAUGAUGAGCCAGUGGUCGAACCAAAUGUCAAUUGCAAGGGACUAAAUUCGGGCGUAAAGGAAAAGAGACGCGAUGGUUCAAGAAAACAGACCAAACGAACGAUUCCAAGGAAUAAGGCGGCGAAGAAACGAAAGGAGCACAAGUGUCAUGUGUGCGGUUAUGUUGCAUCGCUAAAAGGGAAUCUCACCAGACACAUUCGCAUUCACACAGGCGAAAGGCCAUACAAAUGUAAUGAAUGUUCGAAAAGCUUCGCACAAAAAAGUGACUUGAUUCGGCACAAGAAAACCCACAGCGGAGAAAAGCAAUUCGAAUGUUUGGUUUGUUCCAAAUCAUUUGCACGGAAACAAAAUUUGAAUGUUCACCUGCGAACUCACUUUGAUGAGCUUCCUUACUCUUGUCUGAAAUGUGGCCAACGAUUUGCCGGAGAAGAGGCCAAACAAUUGCAUGAAUAUCGAUGCAAACGACGUCGAUACGAAUGUUUUCUCUGCGACAACAAUUGUUUUGCCAAACACUGUUUGAAAGACCACAUGCAAGCAAAACACACCGGCGAAUAUCGAUUCCAAUGUGAAAUAUGUGGGAAGAAAUUCAUCUACAGGAAUCAUUUCAGUCAACAUUUGGCUAUCCAUAGCGAUCAAUUCCCAUUCGGAUGCAGCAAGUGUCGCCGAGGGUUCACGAUAGAAGAUGACAAGAUUGCACAUGAAAAUUUCUGCCGUUGUCGUCAGUAUCAAUGUUACAUUUGCGAAGCUUUCAAUCAGCGGAAAGGCCAUCUACGAAAUCACAUGCGUGUUCAUCACACAGGUGAAAAGCCGUUCCAUUGCAAGUGGUGCGACAAGUGUUUUGUUCAGAAGCAGGAUGCCGAAAAGCACAUGAAACGUAUUCACCGUUCGAAAAAAUAAUACUCAGGACGAUAGCAACUGUUCUAUUCCUGUUGAAUAAACUCUUUCUUUUCCUUCUAAUAAUUGAAUUUUUUUACUUCAUCCGUUGAUUAAGACUUUGAGAAGCCAA